GCCGGAGCCGGAGCCCGAGCCGGAGCCGGAGCCGGAGUCGGAGCCGGAGCCUGCAGCCCCGGCCAGAUUCUAGCCGGGUGCAGCGACAUGGGGUCGGCCGACUCCAAGCUGAACUUCCGGAAGGCGGUUAUCCAGCUCACCACCAAGACGCAGCCCGUGGAAGCCACCGAUGACGCCUUUUGGGACCAGUUCUGGGCAGACUCGGCCACCUCGGUGCAGGAUGUCUUCGCACUGGUGCCGGCGGCCGAGAUACGGGCGGUACGGGAAGAGUCGCCCUCCAACCUGGCCACCCUGUGCUAUAAGGCUGUGGAGAAGCUGGUGCAGGGGGCUGAGAGCGGCUGCCACUCGGAGAAGGAGAAGCAGAUCGUCCUAAACUGCAGCCGCCUCCUCACCCGCGUGCUGCCCUACAUCUUCGAGGACCCUGACUGGAGGGGCUUCUUCUGGUCCACCGUGCCUGGGGCCGGGCGAGCAGGGCAGGGAGAGGAGGAUGACGAGAAUGCCCGGCCUCUGGCCGAGUCCCUGCUGCUGGCCAUCGCUGACCUGAUGUUCUGCCCAGACUUCACGGUCCAGAGCCAUCGAAGGAGCACUGUGGACUCGGCAGAAGACAUCCACUCUCUGGACAGCUGUGAAUACAUCUGGGAGGCUGGCGUGGGCUUCGCACACUCCCCACAGCCCAACUAUAUCCACGACAUGAACCGCACGGAGCUGCUGAAGCUGCUGCUGACCUGCUUCUCCGAGGCCAUGUACCUGCCCCCAGCUCCGGACAGUGGCAGCAUCAACCCGUGGGUGCAGUUCUUUUGUUCCACAGAGAACAGACACGCCCUGCCCCUUUUCACCUCCCUGCUCAAUACCGUGUGUGCCUAUGACCCUGUGGGCUAUGGGAUCCCCUACAACCAUCUGCUCUUCUCCGACUACCGGGAGCCCCUGGUGGAGGAGGCUGCCCAGGUGCUCAUUGUCACCUUGGACCACGACAGUGCCACCAGUGCCAGCCCCACCGUGGACGGUACCACCACAGGCACUGCCAUGGACGACACUGAUCCGCCAGUACCGGAGAACCUGUUUGUGAACUACCUGUCCCGCAUCCACCGUGAGGAGGACUUCCAGUUCAUCCUUAAGGGCAUGGCCCGGCUACUGUCCAACCCGCUGCUCCAGACCUACCUGCCCAACUCCACCAAGAGGAUCCAGUUCCACCAGGAGCUGCUGGUUCUCUUCUGGAAGCUCUGUGAUUUCAACAAGAAGUUCCUUUUCUUCGUGCUGAAGAGCAGCGAUGUGUUGGACAUCCUGGUCCCCAUCCUCUACUUCCUCAAUGAUGCCCGAGCCGAUCAGUCACGCGUGGGCCUGAUGCACAUUGGCGUCUUCAUCCUACUGCUGCUGAGCGGGGAGCGCAACUUCGGGGUGCGGCUCAACAAGCCCUACUCAGUGCGCGUGCCCAUGGACAUCCCGGUUUUCACCGGGACCCACGCCGACCUGCUCAUUGUGGUCUUCCACAAGAUCAUCACCAGCGGGCACCAGCGGCUGCAGCCCCUCUUCGACUGCCUGCUCACCAUUGUUGUCAACGUGUCCCCCUACCUCAAGAGCCUGUCCAUGGUGGCUGCCAACAAGCUACUGCACCUGCUGGAGGCCUUCUCCACCACCUGGUUCCUUUUCUCUGCGGCCCAGAACCACCACCUGGUCUUCUUCCUCCUGGAGGUCUUCAACAACAUCAUCCAGUACCAGUUUGAUGGCAACUCCAACCUGGUCUACGCCAUCAUCCGGAAACGCAGUGUCUUCCACCAGCUGGCCAACCUGCCCACUGACCCACCCACCAUCCACAAGGCCCUGCAGCGGCGCCGGCGGGCUCCGGAGCCUUUGUCUCGCACUGGCUCACAGGAGGGCGCCUCCAUGGAGGGCUCCCACCCUGCAGCCCCUGCCGAGCCUGGCACCCUCAAGACCAGCCUGGUGGCCACCCCAGGCAUUGACAAGCUGACAGAAAAGUCCCAGGUGUCAGAGGAUGGCACACUACGGUCCCUGGAGCCGGAGCCCCAGCAGGGCUCAGCGGAUGGUGGCUCCGCCUCAGGGGUGGGUGACGGAGCGUCCUGGAGUGGGGAGACUGGCCAGGUGUGGCGGGAGCAGCGGCGACUGUCCAGUGCAUCCACCAGUGGGCAAUGGAGCCCAACAUCAGAGUGGGUGCUCUCAUGGAAGUCCAAGCUGCCCCUGCAGACCAUAAUGAGGCUGCUCCAGGUGCUGGUGCCCCAGGUGGAGAAGAUCUGCAUUGACAAGGGUCUGACGGAUGAGUCAGAGAUCCUCCGGUUCCUGCAACACGGUACCCUGGUGGGGCUGCUGCCCGUGCCCCACCCCAUCCUUAUCCGCAAGUACCAGGCCAACUCGGGCACCGCCAUGUGGUUCCGCACCUACAUGUGGGGCGUCAUCUAUCUGAGGAAUGUGGACCCGCCUGUCUGGUACGACACCAAUGUGAAGCUUUUUGAGAUCCAGCGGGUGUGAAGAUGUGGGGGCCACGCUUUCCCUCCCUCACUGUUCUUAGCUUUAAAUGAUCACGAUCAGGGCUGGGGGCAGGUCGAGGGGCUGAGUCUGGGGUAGAAGGCCCCAGGGGUGCCCCUCAUGGCCAGGGGAAGGUGAGGACUGGCCCUGAUCCCCCAGGCUGGUCUCACAGGAGCCCCUGUCUCCAGGACUGCAGGGACCCACCCACUCUAGCUCCUUCUCCAGGCCUCUCAGUGCUGCCCAGCUUCUGUGCUACCCGCCCCAGAGGCCACAAGGUCACUGUGCCCUAAUGGGGUUGCCCGAGAAGGGGCCAUGGGGUGCCCCCGGGGGCACCUUGGCAGGGUAAGGGGACCCCCGAGCCUCCUAACCUGACUCCUGUUCCAGGCCUGGCUCGCUGUCAGGCCGCAGGAGGAAGGAAUAUUCCAGGGUGCCAGGAGACUGCCAAAGCCAGACUUGGGGACCCCAUGGAUUUUAGGGGUUUGGAGUGGGGUAUUGAGGGCCUCCUGCUAUAUUCUCUGGGGCCAGUGGACGUAGCCUGAUUUCCCCUUACUCAGUCAUGGGGACAGGGGUCUGGGGUGGGGUGCAACCGGCCAGUCCUGCCCUGUCCCACUGCCUGGCUGACUGGGAGGAAGGGGGCCCAGGAGGCCACCCCCAUCCUUCUCAGCAGCCCUGGCUGUGGCCUCUGGGUCUCCCGCCUCCCCACCCCGUGUCAGUACAAUCUUUGCUUGUACAAUCGGCAUCUUUAUACAAUAAAACCUCCCUCUCCACCUUCUGUCUCUUUGUGCUUAGAGGGGAGAGGGCAGACAUGGCUCUUGCCACAGGACUGGGACAGGCACUUGCCAUUUUAAGAUUGGACCCUGGGCUGUGGCCGCCCGGGGAAAACCUCACCGGUAAGAGGAGAGGGGCCUGGCUCCCAGGCUCCCACAAGGCC